GCGAAGAUCGCGGCCGAGCGCGAGGAGCGCGAGCGCCGCGAGCGCGCGGACGCCGCGGCCAAGGCCGAAGCAAAGCGGGCGCGCGAUGCGAAGCGCGCUGCAACGCGGCGCGAUCUUGCUGCGGCGCGGCUAGCGGAGGCGCGGACGGCCCUCGAGCGGCGCAAUGAGCCGAGCCGCAUCGUGAUCGACGUGGCGAACGUGGGCCACUGGAACGCAUCGUCCGACAGUGGGGUCACGUUCAACUGGGACCAGGUCGCGGAGGUUUUUCAGUAUUAUAAAAGAAAGGGCCUCAGACCGAGCGGAUUUCUGUCGGUUCAUACCAAUAACCGCAACCCCAUGCCUCGGAACUGGCCGUUCAAGGACUGCGUCGCCGUCGCGGCCGGCCGCGACGGCGAGCGCGACGUCGACGACCGCUUCCUGCUCCACCAGUCGAAGGAGCACCACUGCUCGAUCCAGUGCACAAAUCAAAUCUCGCGACGGCGCACCCGACUCACUGAUUGAUUUGCACACAGGCUCGAUCGUGACGAACGACAAUUUCAGGGGUUGGGAGGAGCGGCUCCCCGACGAGGACGCCGCGUUCCUCGAGCGCUUCCGGAACGAGCUGCACGUCAACUACGUCUUCGUCGGCCCACGGAGGGGAUCGCGUGAAACCUCGUCCCACGCGCUUUCCGCGAGUGGACGAUGCUUAAGAGAACUUUGCGCUCCAGCGAAAACGAGACCGACGGCGUACUUCAGGUUAAAUCUAUGCGCCGUAGGAGCCGUGCGACCCGCUCGACGAGCUGUGCAAGGCGAACUACGAGAACGAGAGCGACGACGCGUGGCUGGCGCAGAUCUCGGGGAUCAUUGCGGAUUCGUCUUCGGAGGAGUAAGCUUACUUAAACCG